GAAAAAGAGAAAAGGCUUCUGAAUGACAUAUCAGAAAAGGAACUCAUAAUCAAUACCUGCAGCAGUGAAUACGAGUUACUUUUGAAAGAGAGGACUAAACUGGACAAUAUUUUGAAGGAAAGAGACAGUGCCAUGCAGUGUAUGCAUAAGAAAACACAGGACUUGGAACUGGAGCACAGUAGCUGCUUGGAAGCGCUGAGGCGGCAGGCCAGUGAACUUGAAUUCAGUGCUCAGCGAGAGGCGCGAUUUCAAAAAGAACUCGAGGUAGCUACUGCAAGAAUAAAGAAACUGGAAGAAAACAUUGAGGCAGAGAGAGCUGCACAUCUGGAGUCAAAAUUUAAUUCUGAAAUAAUUCAGUUGAGAAUUCGAGAUCUUGAAGGAGCUCUGCAAGUGGAGAAGGCCAGCCAAGCAGAAGCGCUCUCUGAUUUGGAAAUGAUCAAAGGCAAAUUUAAAGAGGUAGAAAAUGCCUAUGAAAGAGAAAAGCACAAUGCUCAAGAGAGCUUUGAAAAAAUCAACAUUUUAGAAAAAGAGUAUCUUACUAUAAACAAACAGCUAAAUGGAGAGAUAGAGGAAAAGAAGAAGGCAAUUACAGACCUCUCCGAGAAACUCAAGAAUAAUGAGAAAAGUUACAAAGAAUUACAGGACGAACUUCUCCUGGCCAAGAAACGCCAGGCUUUCCUAACAGAGAUGUGUGAAAACAACGUGAGAGAGCUGGAGUUACUCUUGGACAGCUUUCCUGUGUCAGGCCAGUGGACAGCAGGCAUUCACAAGGACAAAGAUAAACCUCCAAGCUUCACUCUUGUCCUUGAGACUUUGAGACAUACCUUGACAGAUUACCAGAACAAGCUGGAAGAUGCAUCUAAUGAGUUAAAAAAGAUGACAAUGCUCUCUGAGAAGAUGGUAAAAGAGCUUGAUUCUUCCCAACACCAACUAAGAUCUAGGUUUCAAGAACUUCAGGAAGCACAAAAUAAUCUUGGUAAUGCCAACAAAGAGUUAAAUCAUCUACAAGCUAAGUGCGCAGAUAGAGAAUCUGUAAUAGCUACUUUAAAAAUGGAACUACAGAAUGUACUGCACUGCUGGGAGAACGAGAAAGUACGUUCUACAGAAUCUGAAAAUGAAAUCCAGAAGCUUACGCAGGCUUACGAGAAGGAUACAGAGGAGAAGCUAACCUUCCUCCAUACUUUAUAUCAGCACUUGGUAGCAGGCUGUGUUCUCAUAAAACAACCUGAAGGCAUGCUGGAUAAAUUCUCCUGGCCAGAGCUUUGCACCGUCUUGCAGGAGAAUGUUGAUGCCCUGAUCUUAGACCUCAGCAAGGCUAAUGAGAAGAUUUCUCACCUUGAAUAUGUUUGUAAGAACAAGUCGGAUACGAUGAGGGAGAUACAGCAGACCCAAGAAGACACUUUUAACAAAGUAGCUGAACAGAUGAAAGCACAGGAAAGCUGUUGGCUGAAGCAGAAAAAGGAAUUGGAACAGCAAUAUUCUGGACUCCUUGGGGAAGUUCACGCAAGGGCACAGCUUGUCGGAGUAGCAGGUUUUCAUACAUGUAAAAGAAAUAUCAAGAAAUGGCAGAAAGAACUAAAGAGAAAUUUGCUGCUGCUGAAAAAAAAACAGGAGCAAUUACACCUUGAAAAUUCUCAUUUUAAAAACAUGUUGACACAGGCUCAAAAAGAACAUGCAUCUCUGCUGGCAGCUUGUGCGCUGUUGUCUGGUGCUUUGUAUCCCCUGUACAGCCGAUCAUGUGCCUUGUCCACACAAAGGGAUUUCCUUCAGGAUCAGGUCAACACCUGUGACAUUUUCAAGCAGGAGAUCCGGACUCUGGCCAAUGCUUUGUCUGAGGAAAAGAAGCAAAGUGAUGGCAAGGUAAAGAAGAAAAAGCCUUACAGAGGCUUGAUACGUCUCUUCCGCAAAGGUGUCAUCGCAGUGCUGGCAGCCAAUAGGUUUCAAAUGCUGGGCCAGUCAUGCAGCUCACUUUUCUCCUGGGUGGACAGCUUCAGAGAAGGCAUAGGAAUCUUAGUCUGCAUAGGAGAUUCCAAGGAUGUACAUAACCUGUCAAGACAACAGAAAGAACAGAUCCGUUCUCUUCAAGCACUUAACUGGUUUACCAGUCAUACCCUUCUUGCUGCUGUACUUAGUUCUAUGGCUGACCUACAGGAAGUGGUUAGCAAAACAGAUAUGAAUUCCUGGCUUUCAGGACAUUUGCUUACUACAGCAGCAAGAAAUUCUUUUUCAAAACUCAUGGAGAAACUUUGUGUCGUGAUGGAAGUUGCUACAACGGACAGCAGCAGGAGUAUUGCUUUCAUAGAGAAAGACUUGUUGGUUCAAAAACUGGCUCGUGGGCUUCAUAAAAUAAAUGCACAGGCUCUUAAAGCAGGCGUAAAUGAGAGAGCCCCUGCUACGAACAUCGCAUUCUUGCAGAAGCAAAUAUUUGAAUUUACACAAAGGCUGCAUGCAGCAGAAGUGGAACGGCGGUCACUGCGCUUAGAGCUCACGGAACUCAAACGGAAUUUGAAUGAGAUGAAGAAAGAGGCUGACAAAGCCCAGACCCUGCAAGAGCAAUUAAAUACGUUUAAGCAAUCAAAAUUGAUCACCCACGAGAGGUUUGAAAGUGCAUGCGAAGAGCUAAAUAAUGCAUUACUUCGGGAGCAGCAGGCACAAAUGCUUUUGAACGAACAGGCGCAGCAGCUACAAGAGUUGCAGUACAAACUGGAAUUGCAUUCCUGUGAAGAAGCAGAAAAAAACCAAACCCUAAGUGAAGCUGUAAAGAGUCUCUCCGAGGCAAAGAUGGAGCUGAGAAGAAAAGAUCAAUCUCUGCGUCAGCUCAAUAGACAUCUUACCCAGCUGGAGCAGGACAAGCGUCGACUGGAAGAGAGCAUCCAUGAUGCAGAGAGUGCCCUCCGCAUGGCAGCAAAAGACAAAGAAUUAAUUGCUGGUCACAUGAAAUCAGUGGAAUCCAGCCUUCAGAAUGUCAGAGAUCAGAUCUCACUGUCACGGACUGCGGCAACCAGGAAUGACUUCACCCUGCAGCUACCUAAGCUGCACCUGGAGACCUUUGCAAUGGAGGGGCUGAAGGGUGGGCCAGAGGUUGUAGCAUUCCAGGCUAUGAUUGUAAGCUUUAUGGAUGUCUAUCAAAUUGCGGUCUCCAGAAUUUCCAUCCUAGAAAGAGAAAUAGCAUCCCACCAGCAUCACAUUACAGCCCUAAAAUCAGAACUCCAAACAGCAUGUCUUCGUGAAAAUGAAAGUUUGCACUCAGAGUCACAAAAUGCGGCAAGCAUCGCUCCAGCUUCCAGAUCGUUAUUUGAGCUAGACCAGAGUCACAUCCCAAAUUUUUUGCCACUGAAGGCUGAGUCAGAUUAUGAUUUGCCUUUCUCCUUUGUACACAACAGACCACACUCACAAGCUUCUUCAUCCUAUUCCUCACCCCUAAAAAUCACACCCAGCUCCAAACGAACAAUGCAGAAUGGGUGUUAAGGUUUGAUACUUUUGUAAUCAUUUUUUUAAAAACUAAUUAAAAUCCUAUUUUAUUAGGAUGUUUUAUCCUUUGAA